AUGUCGAAGGUGUACGGCUGUGCCGAAAGGGGCGAAGACGAGAUCGGGCUCCCAGAAUCGACAAUCGACGAGUACGUCGCACUCGACAUCGACAACUUCAUCGACGACACGGUCGACCCCUCCACCGCCUCCGCCGCAGACAAGCGCACCCUCCGUGGCACCUCCUCCUCCGCCGCCGCCACCGCCCGUGGUAACAACAUCACCACCGCCGCCGCCGCUAGUAUUGACUACCAGUUCAGCGAGUACGACGAGCUCCUCAUUACCACCCCCUCCUGCACCACCCCCUCCACCGCCACGCCGCCUGCUCCCGUGGUCUCUAACCCUCCGUUGCCCAUAAUUAUACCCUCUUCUUCUUCUACGCCGCCACUUGUUGAUGCGGAACCGCCGGCGACCAUUCCUACAUUCCAGCAGAUUCCUAGCAUACCUCCCCAAAGUGUGCCUCUCCCUGCUCAACUGCCUCCUGUUUCCUCAUCCUCCUCCGUUCCUGCCAUCAUACCUCCAAUCGCUCCAGGAACCAGCCAGACUGAUGCCAACGCAGUCCCCACGCAACCAGCUCAGACGCCGCCAGCGCUGAGCGACGUCAGCCCUCCACCCGCAAGCUUGAGCACCCCUGUGCCGGCUGCCCCUACGGUUCUCAACCCAGGCACUGCCGCGGGCGAGGCCGGGGCCGGGGCCGGGAACGGCAACAACGCUCCCGCGAGCAGUCAGCCUUCUUCGCAGGGCAGCAACAGAUCCGGUGGCGUGGCUACACCUGUGGUGAUUGCUUCGAGCGUAGUGGGUGCUGCGGCUGUCAUAGGCCUGCUUGGCUUCCUUCUAUGGUUCUGGAGGAAGCGAUGGCUCAGAAAGCGUCGGAGCACGCUUCUCACGCCUUUGUCGACGGAUCCCAGCUUCAGGACUGGCGAAAAGUUUGUCAUUGACCGUGGAUCUCUGGGACCGACGCCGCGUACAGCCAAACUAAAAGCUGCCCUUGGAUACAAUUUCAACCGGUUCCGUGGUCAAGUGGGAGGUCUGGUGUCACGCAAUCGUGACAGUAGCUCUACCGGCGGCCGCUCACAGUUCAUGAACAUCUCUCAACACAGCCGGAACAGCUCGUCCAUGUCGAAUCAUGGAGGUCCCCGCGACGUUGUCACGACUAAGGACCGGAUGAAGGACUGGUGGGAACGAUUAAGAGCGGACAUGAAGUUCAACUGGCGCCUUCGGGGCGACAAGAAUGCUGAGAAGGAUCCGUUCGCCGCGUCCCGCGACAUGAAGGAGCGCAAGGCUGCCACGGGCGGACAGCCUGACUUCUUGACAUUGCUGGGGAUGGAUGAGAGAGAAGUCGAACGAGAGGCUCAGCGCAGGCGGCUCAGCCGAGGCAAGGGCAGUGCUGGGUCGGGCGAUCACUUCCUUGGUGGUUUGGGGCUUAACUUCGACAAUGCCUCAGCCAACCCUUUUUCAGAUAUCAACGCGCUACCACACGACUCUGCGAAGCCCGCGCCCCUAGCCGUGGCGAAUCCGUCUUCGAAUAACCCCUUCUCGGAUUCCAAUGCCAUCUCGGCACCAGCGGCGGCUGUUAAGCCACCAACAACUUACGUCGCAGACGUCCGACGAUCUAGGGGUACGUCGGUUGGCGGCAACACGACGCGACCACCGAGUGGUUCCACGUUCUCUCCCCGGCUGGACUCGAUGUACCGGGACUCAAUGCAGAGCGUCGAGAGCUUUUCAACAAGACGCAACAAGUUUCGUUCUGACCCUUUCGAUUUGGAGCGGCCUGAGUUGCUUGGCAACCGGUCAACGCCAGCUAGCAGUAACUACAGCCAGGCUGGCGGUGGGCCACCGCGUGUACCUGGGUCAGCGCACACUCGUUCCGACAGCUUCAGCUCCAAGUACAGCAGCGGGGUGAGCAUGGACGGAUGGAGCGAUCCAGGUCCAGACGUCGGACCUUCGGGCGGACCCGCGGCAUAUCGGUACGAAGCCGAGAGCCCCGUGGCAGGUUACCGGUCGGGAGAGCAGCGCAAACCGGGACGUAGGCCGAGCCAGACCAGCCAAGGAAGUCAACAAAGCGUGGGCAAGGCUCUGUAG